GGAGGAGGAGGCUUUGGCAUCAAAGUACAAGGAUGACCCCUCACCCAUCACACAUUUUGUCAUUUGAGACAAAAUAAACCACUCCCUCUCACCUUAAUCAUCCAACUCGUCCAGCCCCAUCUUUUUGAGAAGAAGAACUCUCAAAAUACUCUUCCUCCAUAGCUGAACUCGAGCUCAAGGAAGGAGGUCCAAAGAGGAGUGCUUGUAGAAGGAAAAAGCUAGGAAAAAGUGUGAAAAUUGAGGAACUUGUGAAAGGUAUUUCAAGUGAUUUCACAAAGUUGGAAAAGUCGCCGGAGUUGUCGCCGGAGUUGACCAAAAGUCGCCGGAGUUUCACCGGAGUUCAACCAAGAAGGGUAGAACUUCAUAACGCUAGUUCAAGGUUGAAGCUAGGGCUUGCUACUUGCACCUUCUCACGGGUGAUAUCAUAUCGGGAAGACGUGGUCGGCGAGUCAAUGGGCAUGGAACAGGUUCAUCAUUAAUUCUUGAAGCGAGAUUGUAUAUCAAGCCCGGAAAUGGACGCUAAAAACUUUGCCAAGCUGAAGAAACAGUUGGCCAAGGAGCCGAGGAAGAAAAGGGAGGGCCCAUCCCAGCAAAGGCCUGUUGAGGACUUCUUCCCGAAGGGGGAAGCUGUGAAGGUUAAGGGGGCCGAGGGGCCCUCUCAAGCUAUCGCCGAGGGUGCUGGUGCCCUGAAGAUCGAGGCGGCCAAGAGGAAGGCCCCGUCAAAAGCUUCUGAGGCUUCUGGCAAGAGGGCCAAGAAGACCGUUGGUGCGGAGGGGGCGCCACUGGUUAUAUCUGAAGGCCAUUCCUCUUCCGGUACGCCGAGGAUGAUUGCCGCUUCCAAUCCCCCUCCGGGUCAGGGAGCCGAGUUAGCAUGGCCUCAGGAUCAUGUGCAGUUCUCUAUCACAAAGGGAACCGCAAUUAUGCAUGGCACCCUCAACCCGAGGGAGUUCUUGACCAGCGCUACUCCCCCGACGGAUAAGUCGGUACUGUCCAGGCUGAAGGACGACGCCCUCGGCAGUAAGGUCCUCCAAGCCUCCGUAACUGCUGCCCUCGGGCUCGGCGAACUCCUGAAGAGGUUGGAGGACUCACUGGAUCAGAAGAAGCAAGCGGAUGAGGCCUUGGCUGAUUCCCGGAGGCAGCUUCUGGAGGUCCGGGAAACCCUCCGCUUGGAGCAGGAGGCCUUUGAUAAAAUUCUCCAGGACUCCAAGACGGUGGCCAGGGCCGAAGGGAAGGCUGAAGGCAAGGCCGAGGCCGAGAAAGCCGCCGUUGCUGCUGCCGAGGAGUUUGAAAAGACCAAGAAGGAGGCGGUGGCUCAAGCUGAGAGGGAUGCAGUCGCCGCCUUUCUUUCCGAGGGAUGGAGAUCCGAAGACCACAAGCAGUGGCUAGCUUCGGUGAUCGAGGGAACUGUUGAUGACUGGGUGGGAGGCCCCGGGGCGAUGUGGUUGGCCCAGAAGGGCAAGGAGUAUUACGACGGGGGUGAGUUUUUUACCCAGUGGCUCGUCUACCGGAGGCUCGCCCGGCAUUUCGGGGUCGACCCCAAGGAUUUCAACCCAGCCACCUAUGGUCUGCCCCCCCUUCAGCCUGACACAAGGGUUCCCCUCCCUCCGGGCGUAGAGAGGCCGGAUUUGGAGGAUUCCGAACUAAUGAAGGAAGCCGAUGAUGAUGAAGAGGAAGCCGAGGAGGACGCCGCCUCGAAGCUGAAGGAGGACGGAGCCGAAAAUGCCCAAGUUUGAUAUUCCUUUAAGUACAAUCUGUAAUAGAUGAGUAGGCUCCGGCUUCGGUCCACUGUAUUUGUAAACAAACAUCUUCUGCACUUGUAUAUUUCGGUGAUGAAUGUUUUGCCCUCGG